AUGGCCUUCAGUAUAACCUCGAAAGCUAACGUCGAUGCUUGGGAAGCUCUAGGAAACCCGGGGUGGGGUUGGUCGAGCUUCUCCGAGUCCUUAAAAAAGGCGUAUAGCUUGCCUUCGGAAGGGGCAGACGCUAAAGGCCCGGUCCAACUUGCUAUCCCCGACGAAGACACUGAGUGGCCACGAGUUUGGAGAGAAACGCUUACUGCACUCGGCUUCCCAGUAACCGAUGACCCGUUUUCUGGGCAACUUUCCGGUGGCCUGAUCGUCACAGAUUCUUUACAUCCUGCUACAAAACAGAGGAGCUACGUCGGAAAUGCAUACCUCGAGGCUGCACAACCUAGGAGCAAUCUCACUAUCUGGACCAAGGCCCUGACGGAGAAGAUCAUAUUCGACAAGUCAGAUAUUCCCAUAGCUACCGGUGUCCAAGUUAAUAAAGAUGGGGAAACGAAAAUCGUGGGAGCUCGUAAAGAGGUUAUAAUCUCAGCGGGCACGAUCAACUCGCCCAAGGUAUUGGAGCUUUCGGGUAUCGGCGAUGCGAAACUCCUACAGUCGCUUGGCAUCGAUGUUGUAGUUGACAACCCAAACGUUGGAGAAAACCUUCAAAAUCACCCCUUGAUCACUUUGAGCUUCGAGACUCAAGGACAAGCAGGCUUUGAGACCAUAGACAAGCUUGCCAGGCAAGACCAGGCAGCCCUGGGUGCCGCGAUGGAAGCCUAUGCAAAACAGAAGGGUCCUUUGGCCAAGAGCAACUCAAAUAUAGCUGCACAGCUCCCAUUUCCAGGGGUAACGAGUGAACAGGGGAAACAAGAACUUGAGAAAGUCUUGCAAGGUGCAAGCUCCACGGUUCCCGACAAACCUACAUCGCUUGCAGAAGCCCACGAAUCAUUUGUUCGGUCCAUACUUGCAUCACCUACCGAGGCAUCCGGAUGCUACCUCGCGAUCCCCGGUUACGCAGGAUCCAGCGGCGACGGGACGAUGGCCGGCCCGCCUCCUGGAGACGAGAGUUGGUUAAGUUUCGUGCUGCUCCUAGCACACCCGCUCUCGCGCGGCUCCGUACACAUCACUAAAGCUUCCGCCGACUCAUCAGCCCUAGCCAUCGACCCCAAAUACUUCAGUCAUCCCCUCGAUCUCGAGGUGUUCGCGCGUCACCUACAAUUUGUAGAGAAAUUCGCCCAGACCGAACCGCUGGCUAGCGCGCUCAAGCUGGAUGGUAGACGCACGCCGACAGCACCACCGCUGGGCAGCUUUGCGGACUUGGACAAGGUUAAGGAGUAUAUACACAAGACGGCGGUUGGGGCGCAUCAUUUUACAGGCACGUGUGCCAUGGCCCCGCGAGAGCUGGGGGGUGUUGUUGAUGCGCAGUUGCGCGUGUAUGGGACUCAGAACUUACGUGUCUGCGAUGCGAGCAUCAUUCCCAUUACGCCUCGCACGAAUCCGCAGGCUACGGUUUAUGGCGUCGCAGAGCAUGGGGCUCAGAUUAUAAAGGCGACCUCGUGA